AUGGCGCCCCUGCUGGUGGUCGGCAUGACGUCGCUGCCCUCCAGGCUGCCAGGCGUGUGCCCUGCACUGCAGUCCAUCGUCGCGCAGUCUCAGCGGCCGGAUCGCCUGAUCCUCUCCUUGCCACGGACCUCCGCGCGGGAAGGCCGAGCCUACGAGCUGCCACAGAACUUGCUCCAGAUGUUGUCGCAGCACUCCUGGAUGCAGGUGCACUGGGUGGAGGAGGAUAGUGGCCCUGGCACCAAGCUGCUGGGGGUGCUGGACUGGUUCGACAAGUACGUGGGCACGCCGAUGGAUGGCGAUAUGCUGAUGCUUUUGGACGACGACCAUGCCUACUUGCCGGACGCCAUAGGCAAUCUCUGGCAGAAACAGAGGGGUCUCGGCUGCGGCUUUGUGAGCUCCUUCUUCGCCUACUUCUUCCGUGGGCUUAUGGUUCCGCAGGGCGCGGACAUCGUGGCACUGCAGUUGGAGCCUUCCACCGUGCAGAAGGUGCAGAACUUCUACCGGUGCUUCGUCAAGGGGGAUCAAGCCUGCUUCCUGGUGGACGACCUGUGGACCGCCAUGUUCUACUUUGUCUGCGGGAGACAAGUCCGCUCCUUCCGAGACGAUGUGACGAGCAGGGGCUUGGAGACCAUCUACAGCCCGACGGCCAAUGCGUCAGUGGAAGCCUUGAUGGACCUGGAGGGCGGCGCCCGCCGGGACCGCGCCAUGCUCGGGGCGUUUCAGGGCCCGGAUGCCCAGCAGCGGGGAAGCGGGUCGCGGGUCGCGGGGACGGGGGAGGCGAUGAGUGGUGUGCUGGGCGCGCUGGGCGUGGCCAUGGGCGCCUUCGGAGCGCACGGGCUGAAGAACUACACCAGCGACCCACAGCUGUUGGAGAGCUGGAAGACGGCGGCCAACUAUCAGAUGCUGCAUGCCGUCAUGGUGGCCGUGUCCUCCUUCCUGGUGAAGGGCCCCGCUCCAAAGCUCUUCUCCCUAGGCUGCGUCUUCUUUAGCGGCUCCAUCUACGGCCUGGUACUGCUGCCCAAGGGCCACGGUUUGAGGAAGCUGCUGGGGCCCAUCACCCCCAUCGGAGGUCUGCUCUUCAUCGCCGGCUGGCUGAGCAUGACCUUGAACUCGAAGCGAAAGGAGUGA